AUGCGCAACUUAGCGUUCCUUCUGUUGGCGUCUAACGCUCAUGCUUUUCCUACUAAUCUUUGGACGCGUACCGAUAAAUGGGAGCAAACUACUUGCUCUGACGCCAACAUUACCGAUGCAAAGGUUCUAGCUAAUGUCCGAUGGGCAUUAGCUGACACGAAUGCAUCAUGGAGAGAAGCUAUUGCAGCAUGGCAGGACUACAAACCGGGAACAACUUCAGCUCAGCUCAAGUUCCCAGCCUUCAUCAGCGACUUUUACGGCGGUCCAGAGGGAUGGGAUUGCCAAGAUCCUGUCAACACACCAUGCUCAACGACAGUACAGUGUGCUGAUACCAAGCACCCAGCAGGAGAUGCCGCAAUAUUUGCUGGCAACAAUUUCGGAUUCGCCAAAGACACAUUCAACAACGCCAUCUCCGCGUCAUUCGCUCUAAGCAAGGACAACACGAAAUCUGCCAAAGACUCCGCAAGUGUGCAAAACGAUUUGACCUCCGCAAUGGGCGCCUUAUUCGACGUAUGGAAGAAGACACAAGAAGACUACUUGUCGGAGAUCUUCUCCGGGUCGAAUAGCACAACCAUAGGCAUGCUCGAGUCUUUCAUCAGAGACGGCAUGAUGAACAUGCUGCCUGUCGAUAUCAAUCUCUCCGGCAUGAUAAACGUGGUCGAGACCAUCAUGUUCGGACAAAUGAUUCCUAUUGCGUGGCAAGUAGCGCCUGCUGCCUACACGCCUUUCGUGCUAAAAACUGGUGAUGCAUGUUCGAGCACCAUGCCCAACACACUGAACCCAUACAUGACGCAAGAAACACACGAGAAAGCUGGCGUAUGCUGGAACGGCAACCAGUUCUACGUUCUGACCGUCGGUACCUACCGAGUCGACGUGCAAGCCGAUACGCCUGGUCUGCCCGACUCUGACCCGCCCUUCCAACUGAUGGCAGGUGCCACCAAUGACGUUCUCGACGGCAAGAAUUGGGGUGGCAUUACCUUGGAAGAUAUUGUCAUCAGCUCAUACGGCGGCUAUCUGAAUAGCGGAAAUCGCAAUGGCUACACCAUCUCCGUGGACGACAGCGCCGGAGGCGUGGAUCAACUCAUGUGGACGGGAGGUGUACAGACGCCCGGUUUCUUUUCGCUUCCUGUCUGCACGAAUCUGUGGAACACUCUGAUGAACAUUGCCGGAAGUCAGGCUGGAAAGGACAACUACCCCUGUGGGGUAGUAGUUGAGAAGACAUACCCAGCCACAUGA